CGCGCUCCUGUUUCGGGACGGUCUCUUUGUGGUUAGCUCACAGCUAAAGCUGAAAGGGUUUGCAAAAAUGUCUAAAAGCCAAGACGAGACGAGUCCCUUAUCGAGUCCUCGGCCCAGUCUGAACCAUGGUCUGAAGCAGGAAAUCCCAGAGACUAUACAGAUUAAAGAAGAGCCAGAGGAACAGAGCAUCAAAGAGGAGGAAGAGCAGCUACCAGUAUGUGUCCAAGAGUACUUUGCUGUGGUUGUGAAGACAGAAGAGUCUUCACUGCUUCAACAAACGGAGCCCAAAAAGGAAACACAGGGAGAGGACAUCAGCGCACAGCCACAGUUACACUCAGAGACGGAGGGAGACACAGAGCACUCUUCUGACACUGAUAAUGAAGAAGACUGGAGAGCUCCAUUCAGCUGGUCCGAUGAUGAAGACCAGAUUGGGGCAAUAAGCACCACUGCACAAAACUCAGGUCUUUCCCCCGAAUACAAGUCUGCACCAGAGACCAGUGCCACUGUGAGCAAUGGAGACAAGUCAGAAACAGCCGAGGGAGCUAAAGGCAAGACACAGCAGUGCCCUUUUUGUACCAAAAUAAUAAAAGGGAGUUUAGAGAGACAUAUUAGAAUUCAUACAGGAGAGCGACCUUACAGCUGUUCAACUUGCAAUAAGACAUUUGCCAAUAAGUAUUAUUUACGUGUCCAUAUAAGAAUUCACACAGGAGAACGACCUUACAGCUGUUCAAUCUGUAACAAAACGUUUUACCAGGUAAGUGCUUUAAAUGUUCACAAGAGAACACAUUCAGGCGAAAAACCAUUCAGCUGUUCAAUCUGUGAGAAAGACUUUACCCAGCUCUCUGGACUGCAACGCCAUCAGAAUAAGCACUUGGAAGAAAAACCAUUCAGCUGUUCUGUCUGUAAUCAGACAUUUCUAAAUAGGGCUAGGCUAGUUGUACAUAGUAAAAUACAUACUGGAGAGACACCUGUCAGCUGUUCAGUCUGUGAGAAAACAUUUCCUGAUAACUCUGCUCUACGUGUACACACAAGAACACAUACAGGAGAGAGACCUUUCAGCUGUUCAACCUGUAACAAAACCUUUCACACAAUGGGUAAUCUAAAGACUCAUAAUAGAACACAUUCAGGUGAAAAACCAUUCAGCUGUUCCAUCUGCAAGAAAGAAUUUACCAACCAAACUGGACUGAGAGGCCAUAUGAGACUGCACACUGGAGAGAAACCAUUCAGCUGUUCCAUCUGUAAUAAGACAUUUUCCCACAAAGGCCAUCUAAAGGCUCAUAAAAGGCUUCAUACAGGCGAAAAACCAUUUAGCUGUUCAAGCUGCGAGAAAUCUUUUUCCACUGCAACUCAUCUACGUUUACAUACAAGAACACACACAGGAGAGAGACCUUACAAAUGUUCAGACUGUGACAAAACCUUUUCCCAAAAAAGUUCUCUAACUGCUCAUAGGAGAACGCACACAGGUGAGAAACCGUACAGUUGUUCUAUCUGUAAUAAAGACUUUUCCCAACUCAAUGGACUGAAAUACCAUAUGAAAUGCCACACAAGAGGAAAGUCCUUCAGCUGUUCAGUCUGCAACAAAACAUUUUCCCACAGGCGUAAGCUAAAUAAACACAGAAAAACCCACACGGCCAUAAUCACUGAAGACACUCCCAAAGAGAAACCAUUCAGCUGCACAGAGCAAGACUGACGCUUUACUGCUAUGUUCAUGUUAGAACAUUCAGCAUUCCCACAUGUCCUCAAAAUCCUGGAAAACCUUGAAAAUCACUGGCCUGUUUUCCAGACAUGGAGAACACACAGAAAAAGACAACAUGUUGAAAUGUCGUGGAAAAUGACUCUACAUGUGUCCUUGUUUUGAUUUGAUAGACUAUUGGAUAUACAUACAAAACUGGAUAUCAAAUGAAUAGACUGUUGCUGCCAUCAUCUCCACAGUAAACACAGUAAAUCUACUAUGAGUACAAGCCUAGGUCCACAGUAUAUCUGUUCUCCAUAUAAUUUCAGUUCUACCAUAAGAAAAUGUUUUAUGUUGAUCUAUAUGUCUGAAUAUAUAAUGCAAUUAUACCACAUUGGAAAAUAUGUGUGAAUUGUUUGUCUUCGUGUCUAAUUAAUUUGCAAUCACUGUGGACUUUGGGUAUAGCUUUAGAUUACAUAUUUAUUAAAAACUUUAUCAAAAGGGGUAAUAUAUUUGUAGACACUAGCAUUGUCAAAAGUAUUGAAAAUCAGAUACUAGUCAAUGCUGAGUAAUAUUGGAACUAGAUACUCAUUUGAGCAGGUAUCAAUACUAAAAAAGUCACAUUCACAGGACAGAAAUGAGCCUUUCCUGAAUAGUUUUAGAAUGAUCUAGAGCUGCAUCAGAACAAGUAUAAGACACACAGACUAGUAUAUGCCCCUGUACCAUCACGGAACCUAUCUGGACACUACCAUUUAAUGCUGAAAAUCACAAUCUGUUGUCUAAAUAAAGAGUGUUAUUAUU